UAUGAAGUAAUGUGGAUCGCUUGGGUGAUGAUGUGGCAUAAAGAGAUGUUAGGUAGGUGAUGUGGCAUCAUGAAGUAUUUGUGAAGUGACGUGACACAUUAUAAAAGGACACGUGGCACAUGGACAUUUUUAUAAACGCCUUUUAAUAUAUUAGUAUAGAUUUAGAUUUUUUUUUUUUUUUUUUUUUGGAAACAUAGUUUAGAUGGUUAUAAAAGGUGUUAUCUAAUAAUAAAUUUUCCUUAUGUUAAUCACAAAGUUCCAUAUGUGUUGGUCACGCUAUGUAGUCAAUGAGGGGUUACUUGGUCAGGGUUAACCGUGUUUUUUUUUUUUUUUUUUUUUUUUUUUUUUUUUUUUUUUUUUAUGUAUGUCUGGCUAUAUGGAAAAAGCGCUGUAUUUUUUCCUAAAAAAAAAAAAGAAAAAAAAGCCCUGUACAAGUAUUAGCAUUUCUCUAAAAAAAAAAAAAGUAUUAGCAUUAAACCUUUUACCCAUUGACCCAUUCCAGUUUUCCUCAUCUCCCGCUAAAGAAUGGAGAGAGAAAGAGACAUAAACUGAUGGGGAGCAGCCCAUCAGCAAACAAAUUUGGUUUAAAAAAUUCCAAAUUUCUCCAAUUAUUAUUUAAUAAUUCAGAGUAUAGUUUUAGUAAUCUUAUGUCGUCACGAAAUUCCAUAAUCAUCAAUUCAUACAUUUGAUAACUCCCACCUAAAGCCUUCUUCUCCAUCUCGAGGUUCCAUUAAUAAUUUCUCUUUCUACUCAACCAUCAAAUAAAGAUUAGAGUAGAAAUAUUGCUAAAUUUAGGAUAGAGAAAAAAAAAUUACCAAAAAAAAGAUGGCAAAUUGGGAGUUGAAGAAAUGUUGCAAUCAUGAACAAGUUGUUUUCUUGACUACCACAGCUGUCUGUACUGUUGUCAUUCUUGCUCUAUGGAGAACGGUGCUACUGAUGCCAUUUAAGCUCGUGACUGUAUUUCUUCAUGAAGCAAGCCAUGCUAUUGCUUGUAAACUCACUUGUGGCCAUGUGGAAGAGAUGCAAAUACAUGCAAAUGAAGGUGGUUCGACGACAACACGUGGUGGUGUUUAUUGGUUUAUCUUGCCUGCUGGAUACCUUGGCUCAUCAUUCUGGGGAAUGGCUUUAAUACUUGCAUCGACAAAUCUUUUGACUGCCAGAAUCGCUGCAGGAUGUUUAGCCCUUGCUCUAUUUAUUGUUCUUUUUGUUGCCAAAAAUUGGACACUACGAGGACUAUGUGUUGGGUUUAUUAUUGUUCUUGCUGUUAUCUGGGUCCUGCAAGAAACAACAAAAAUACACAUCCUCCGUUAUAUGAUUAUGUUCAUUGGUAUAAUGAACAGCCUGUUCUCAGUUUACGAUAUAUACGGUGAUUUAAUCUCCCGAAGGGAACACACUAGUGAUGCAGAGAAGUUUGCUGAAGAAUGUCCUUGCUUCUGCAAUGGGGUGGGAUGGGGUAUUAUUUGGGGAAUAAUAUCGUUUAUGUUUCUAUGUAUAUCCAUGUACUUAGGCCUCGUAAUCCUCUCUUCAGCUUAAGAAGAAUCAGAUUGCUGCAAUGCCACAGGCCACAGCUCACAUACCGAAUCAACAGAUUUGUUUAAUGGCUUAUUAAAGCUACAAUUCAAUACAUCAUUCUCGCUGCACACCUUGAAUGUCUCAUUUUUUUUCAACCCUUCUGUUUUGAUCGGGUUGAAGCCUAUAAUACCAGUAUAAUACUAUAAUACCAGUAUAAUAUUGGUAUACAGUGCUUCCUAGAGAAGAUCAGAAUUGUAUUUCGAAUACUACGUCAUAAUGUUUUGAACUCAAAUUGAAUACGAUGUAUAUGCUCUGUUUCAGAGUCAUAGCAGAUUGAAUAUAUGGUGCUUCCUAGAGCAGAUUCCUUUGUAUGAUAAUUUUUGUUUCUAAAA